AAACACAAAUACAUGUUUCAAAACGAAUGCAAACGUAUUCUUUCAAAAGCUUGCUUUGAGUUGGGCAAUUAAGCAAUACCGCUUUGCACGUGUUUUUCAUGUUAAAAUAUUUCUAUUUAUUAAUUUUCUAACCUCGCCUAACAGAGACAUCAACAGUUUAAUUUCAACCAUUGACUAUGAAUAAUUUCACACAAGAAUAGUUUCGAGAGAUUCCAAUCCCGCGCUAAUAACCCAAGCAAAUCGUGAUUUUAAAACCUUGUGGGCAACAAAGUCGUUUGAUAUUCUUAUUAUAUUUCGCCUAUUGUAUAAAAUUGAAUGUUUGGAUCAAGAAUCGUAAGUUUUUGCUUACUGAACAUAUAAAUUGUCAGCGAACAAGUCGCUCAAGAUUUUAUCGUUUGCGUGGAUAAUUGUUAGAGGCGUUACGAGAAAUCAAACAAUGCUGUCACAAUCAACAAUGAGACGCGAGAAUCAUUAACUUCGAACUGUUCUCCCCGUUCAUCGUUAAAUGUGGACGACAUUCUCUACGAAGUGAAAAGUCUAGAGCAACAACUUGCUUCCGUUGAAGAGGAAAGAGACGAGUAUAAAGACGAAGUUGCGUUCUUAAAGUAUCAACUCUCCUAUCGGACGCAAAUUCAAACACUUCAGAAAGAAAUGAGCCAGAAAAAGACGGUCGAAUUGCAAGAAAAACCGAAAAGUACACACAAUUCAAAGUCUGUUCGUUUUGCAGCGAACGUUACUUUCGAUGACCAGGAAUUUUCCGAAGAUGAAGAUGUUAUUGAUGGAAUCGCGCGCACGGAUUUGCAAGAAUCGAAACAAACGGUUUUCAAUGAACAGGAUUAUGAACGUUUGCGCGCUGAAACAGAUGAGUUGCGUGACGUUUUGUGGGAUUUCUAUCAGGAUGACAAGAUCGUGGGUGAAAAACAAUGGGGCUUACUCAUUGGUGAUGUACGCAACGAUCCUUCUGAAUCCCUAAGUUCAUUGGUAUGCAGGGUGCUGGUUAGUUAUGAAAAACUAGUAGAAGAAUAUGGAAUCCUCGAAGAAGAGAAAUCGAAACUUUAUGAAGAGAAGAUUCAACUUUCCAACUCUAUGGCAAAGUUGCGGGAGCAAUUUAACGACGCUGUCGACUCAAAUAUCGAAGAAAUCGAGGAUUUAAACGCACAAAAUGAACAUCUUAGUUCCCACGUGAAUACGAUCAAAGCGAAGAACACAGAAAGUGAAAACGCAUUAAUAAAAGCGCGUGGAGAGCACGUCGAUCGUUUAAAACAAAUAAUAAAAUCAUCGAAGGAUUCGAGUUUUGAGAAACUUUUGAACACUAUAAAGAGUGACUUAAUACAAGCAGAAAACGAGUUGAAAGAAGCAAAAGAUUCAAUGAAACUUGAUGGUAAUAAGAACAAAGUGAAGCGUGUACAAUCCUUGCCACUGGAUCUUGGCAAUAGUUUAGACAAAAAUAAAGAACGCUUUGGCCUUUUGCGAGAGCUGAACACUUGCAAAAGCUUGCAAGAAUCACAACGUGAACUAAUUUCGAAAAAUUUAGACGAGAAACUCGCAUUGGAAACCGAAGUUGCCGAACUUAGGAGGCAGAUUGUUUUGCUAAGAGCUGAACGUAAAGUGGCUCUUAAAACCACAUCGAAAAUGUGCCAGACAGAUCUUCAUGAAGCUAGUAUAAAGGAAAAUGGGGAAAGUGACGACGAUCUUACUCGAAAACUUCGAGAUCUUGAGAAGAAAUUGGAGCAGGUCAAAGAAGAGAAUUUGGUUCUCGUUCGCGAAAAAACAUCCUUGUUGAUGUCAUUUGAUGCGAAUAUUGAGAAAAGAGAUGCUUUAGAUAAAGAGUUAGCAGCUUUACAGGAGAAGAUGAAACAAAAUGGAGGAUCAAACUCAGUGGUUGAGGUGAAAACUGUUGGCACAAAUACGAAAUCGGAAAAAGGAUUUCAAGCUGGAUACAAGGGCAUCUCGGAAGCUAAAGAGGACAUUGAGAAACUUCGUGUUCUUGGGCAAGAUAAACACGUAACGAUGUUGCUUCGUGAGAUUGAAGCACUAAAGGAGAAACUUCAGAAAUCGGAAGAUAUGGCGAAAACGUUGCAAAAUUGUCUUAAAGAUCUGACCGACGAGAAAAACGAUUUGCUGGACUCCAUAGAGGAUUUAAAUGAAGAGAGGGCCGAACUGCAGGAUAGCAGGUCAAAACUUGAAAAGUUGCUGAGUGAAAAUACGAAAGAGAAAAGCGUCUUGGACGGUAUUAAUAAAGUCGAACAGAAAAAAAGUAAAGUUCACGAGAGUUUGGAGAUGGGAAAAGCCAAACUUGUCCAACUUCAUUUGAAAGUUCUCGGAAUUUUAUCUCUGUGCAAUGGAGAGAAAAAAGAACACAAGCAAAAGAGUGUUCACACGAAGAGUUCAGUUGACGUUUUGAUCAGCACACUGUUUUCCUCGGUAGAAAAACUUAGUGAAACAAUCGCAUCGUUCAUGCAAGCUCACGAGAAAUCUUCUGGCGAAUCACAAAGUAGUAGAGAGGAUCUUGAAAAACAAAUGAAAAAUUUUACAAGAAAACGUGACGAUGUGCAGAAGUCUUUUGACGAAGUUAAGAAAGAACUACAAUUGUCACGAAGUGAUUACCAAAAGCUCACGACUGAACUUGGAGUUCUCCAAGAAGAUCUCAAGACUACCAUUUUGGAUCGGGACGAGCUGCUGGAAUUACUGGAUGGAAUGGCUUGCGAGAACGGUACGGGUGACGGAAAACAAGAAUUAGAAAAAAGAGUCGAGCGGAUUCGUGUAAGGAAUAAGUCAGAUGGACUUAAAAUUAAUGAACGCAGUAAUUUGAAAGUCGUGCAAGAGGAACCUAUGAUAGCAAAAAAGGCUAACAUAGAUUACGCUGCGUUUAACGAUUUCAAGGAAGAGGAUGGUGGUGACACGGAAGCACUGGUGGAGGAAAACCAAAAAUUGAAAGAAAUUAUCGAAAGUAUGUUGGAUGUUCAAAAGAAAAUGGAAGCUGUGUUAAGCACUCUUUCUGACGCGAACGAUAAAUUUAAGGAAGAAGCAUCGUUGAAACAGGCGAGACAGGUUAAUGUCCACAGCAUCAAGAAAUGUUUUGAAAUAGAACCCAUCGGCUCAGAGUCCUUAACCAAAGAAUACAAGAAUGCAGAGUUUAACCGUCUUUACAAAGCUAUAAGAAGUACAAACGAAGUCCUUAGCGUGAAUUUACACCGACUGCAAGAUGAAAAAACGCGAACCGAGCAUUUGCAGAAGUCUUUUGUUGAUUUGAAAGAAGAAAACACGGCCCUUACAAAUCGUGUUGAGGAAUUGGCGAAGGAAAAGAAAAACACAGAUAUGGAUAUUUUGAACUUGCAGAACAAGUUGAAAAUUUCUGAAAAGCAGCUCGAAAAGUCGAACAACGAGCAAAAAUACUUGGAGGGUAUUUCAGAUGAAAAUAACGGUCGUGUAAAGGAUUUGAAGUUUCAAGUUGACUCGAUUACUGAAAUAAACCAGGACCUACGAGAGACGAAUUCCAGUCUGAGCGCUUCAGUAAAAGACUACGAGAAGAAAAUGUCGACUCUGACAGAUAGAUUAAGCAAAUUGGAGUUAGAACAAGGGGAUUUGAGAAAAGCCAAUCAGAAGAUGGAGAAUCAAUUAACCGAGCUGGACAUACUAAGAAAUAAACUCGAAUCUGAAGUAUCAGAGCUUUCUGCACAGAAGACUGAACUCCAGAAACAUUUGAAGGAGGAGCAAGACUUGAAGACCAAUAUUGAGUCCCAACUAAGUCAGUCAAGAACAAUGAUAUCGUCGCUAGGUGAUGAAAUAUCACAACUCAAAGAGAAAAUCAGCGAGCUUGAAAAGAGCCUGGGGUCUAGCGAAAAGCAAUUAGGGUCUAGUGAAGCGUGCGAGUCAUUACGUACAGAUAAGGAGAUGGAGAACAAUUCAUCAGAGAGAGAGAAACGAGUUGGUGAACUUGAAAACGAAGUUUCUCGUCUUGAGAAAGAAUUACAAAACUCACAACGUUACGUCAAAGCAGUUAGUCAAGAGAACGACUUACUUCGUGAUUCUUUAUCAGAAUGGGAACGUAAUGCUGGAAUAAUGCAAGAACACUUACAUCAACUUUCCGAAGAUGCCGAAAAUCAUAAUCUCGGCGACGCUGUAAACAAAACCGAAACAACAACUGAAACAACAAAUGUGAAUAAGGAUAAAUCAGCCAAAACCUUCGAAGUAAUGGAGGCUGAAAUGGAUGCAGUAAAUGAACAGUUCAAGACGCUUACGACUGACAACAAAAACCUCAAAGACGAACUUGCUUCCCUCAAGAAGGAAAAUACAGCUUCUCGCAACAAAAAUACUGAACUGUCAACAUUGAAUGAGAAACUAUCGAAGGAAUUAGAUAAAAAGAACAAGGAAAACAGCAAGCUUAUCAAAGAUAACAAAGAAUCGCGCUCCAAGAAAAAAAGCGAAAAAUUUGAAAAGGAAAGAAGCAUGCUUCAAAGUAAUGUCGAUAAACUAAACUCGGAAAACAACAUGCUGAAAAAGAGUCUGAUAAACACUUUUGACGAAGAAAAGAGAAUCAGCGAAAGUCUAAUGAAGAUCUUAGAUGGAACGAAAGUAUGGAGACAGAAUAGCGAAGAAUCGAAAGUUAAUGGUGACGAUUUCUCCGACUUGUCUAGUCUUUCUGCUAGCAAACCGGAUCUCAUUCGAGACUCGACCGAACCUAAGGACGACAACAUGAUCGCUGAACACCGUAAAUACCUCAAUGACAUGUCAGCGAUAGAAAAUAACGAGACCGAAGCUGAUGUUAAGGACCUACUGGGGAAUUUGUUGAAAGGACAAUACAAUUUGAAAAACUAUUGCAACGAGGUAGCGAAAGCUUUUAAAGAAAGAUGCACAAUGAAAGAUGAAGUGGACGGAGGCUCUACGAUAAAUGAUGACUUAAAAGAUGCAAAAGCUGAAAUAGAACGCCUUGGUGAACGAAACAAAGAGUUGGAAGGCAACGGAGAGAAAUUUGAAAAGCUUCAAGCAGUAUUUCGAGCAUUGGUUCUCCUUGUCAACGACAAAAAAGGCGCGGAGAAAAAAAGCGGUCAAGUGACGGAGGGACCGACUCGUAUCGUUGACUACAUAAAGAACAUAAAAACUCAACACGCAAAAUUAACCGAGGAGAAGGAGAAUUUAGAAAAGAAUGUUGUGGACCUUCAGCAUGAGAUAAAAGAACAUGAAGCAAGAGCCAAGCAACAGCAGAGUAAAAAUAGCACGAAAAACGUUUCGUCGGUGAAGAAGGAUAUAAGCGAAGAUAAGGAGAAGGUUUUGAACAAACUGUUACUUUCAACUGCCAGAAACAAAGCGAGACUUUUGGAGAAGCUUCAUGAAAUCUUUGACGAGCUUUCCGAAGUAAGUUGGAAAUUUGAAAAGGAGAACGUCGAAACGGGCUCAAAUCUCGAGAAAAUUCGUAAUGAGUUGUCUGAAUCCAUCAAGCACGUCGAACGUUUUAAAAAGUCCAUUGCGCAUGACCGACCUGUGACCGCUAUUGCCGAUUCUGUCGAAGAGAAGGAUCCGAAUUUAGAGCUUGCAAAAGAAAAUGAAGAGCUUCUGGGACGAAUAAGCACAAUGCAGUCCUCAAGGCGACGUGAAGCUAAGGAUCACAAAGAUGAACUACUGAAAAUGGAGAAAGACAAAGUGGAAGCGUUAAAAGCUGAGGAGGUUAAGUGGAAAGAGGAGAUAGCUACAGUUCGUGACGAUCUCGAGAAAAAAAUGAAAGAAAAAGACCAAGCUGCCAAUGAAGUGAAAAGGUCGUUGAAAGAAGAGCUGAGUCAGUCAAAGCUUGAAGUAAGAAGAGUUUCUGAUGAGCACGAGGCUACCGAAAGAACAGCCCGCAUUGCCUCUGAAAAAUUCGAAAAACAACUAAAAUCUUUGAAAACAGAGAUGGAUGAAAAACUUCUCGAGAAUGAAACAAAACUGCGCAAAGCUGAAAUGGACCUCAAAGAAGCUGCUGAAAUCUCGGAGAGAGAAAUCUCAAAGCUUCGUAAAAAUUUGGCGGAUGUGGAUGACGAACUGCGUAUUCUAACGGAGGAAAAAACAAAGUUAUUGAGCGAUCUUGAAAGCAUAAAACACGACUCGACGACUUCAAAGCAAGAAGUUGAAAAACUCAAAGUGACCCUGGACAUUGCACAUCAAGAGUCGAACGAAAUUGAAGAAAAAUUGCAAAGGACAAUUAUGCAACAGAAGGACCGAUUUGAAAUUGCGAUAAGAAAUUCCGAAGAAAAUCAUGAAGAGGAGAAGGAAAGAUUGAAAUAUGAAAUAUCAAAACUGGAACGUGAGCUCGAGAAUAAUCAACAGCAAAAGAUGAAUGGGGGCAACGUCGGAUCAAGACGUAACGGAAGCAAAACUGCAAGUACUAUUAGACAUAAUCAGAUUGAAAAGUCCCGGAUGGUUAAUACUACGGAAAAUGUUGCAUCGGCUUACCCUGUUAACAAAGGACAUCAGAAAUCCGUUGAACCGCAGAAGAAAAGAUCCGUAAAUGGUAGAGAAGCUCAGACCUCAAAUGUAAGCAAGCCACGUGUCAAGGACCAAUUCAUGAGUACCGACGGGCGUGGUCAGAUUACACGUGAUCAGUAUUCCGCACGUGACAAAGCCACCUCUCGUGACCUUGCCGAGCGUAAUGACCCCAAUAGGAAAGCGAUGGAAAACACACGUAACACAACAGAAAUUGUUGUAGAGGCUUAUCCUGCCCGUCAACCUGUUCCAAACAGUCAAUCAGAAAUUAAAGGAGAGAAGAAAAGGUUUGUGCAAAAAGAUCCACCUAAAUAUCAGUCUAACAGUAAUUCUCCCAGAGAACCUUUCGCACUAACAAUACCUCGGGGACAGCAACAUGCUGCCUCUAAACCCAAUGCUACUCUGCCUCAAGUCACAAUGGAGGGGGAAGGAAAGUCAUCUGAAGCACGUCGUACAGUUAAAACUGACAGACAUGGCUUUCAAGAUCAAGCUCAGUCUGCAAAUACGAAUGUCUUUCGUCAACCUUCGACGGGAUCGGACGAUGUAUUCAUGACGAACCAAUUCAGAGCCAAAUCAAAUGCGAAUUCCCACGGAAACAAGACCGGAGAUUCAGAUAAUUCGACGAAGCAAAUUAAACCCAAUAUUUUGCGAGAACAGCAACAGCAAUUACCGAAGAGUUAUGUUUAACAAUGAAAAGUGACUGUCCUGCAAAUGUGUAUUGCCUUUGAAGGUAAUGGAAUUUGCAUUGUUUCAAUCGCAAAAGUAAUUAAUAUAAUGCUAAAAAAGAAGGAGAGCUGUCUCGUUUUUCAUCACUCAACUACAGUAUUUGAUAUUUUCCACUAACACACUUUUUAACUCAUUUAAUUAUUAAAGCUUUUGGCAAAGCUAAAUUUUUGCACAUGACAAUCAUUAUAAAUACUUAUCUUCACAUUUUUUCUAAUAAGUUUAGAAAGUUGUUGUAAAUUAUUCUGGUGUUUUUAUAGAGCAAUUGAACAAUCCAAAACACAAAUCGUAAAUAUGUAAAACACUUUAUAGAUAUAUAUAUUUAUACAUCCAAUAAGUAUGUAGACCUUUCGACAAUGUAUGUUUUUGUAUGCUUUGUGUCCAUUAGGUGAACUAAUCUUGACUACUAUCUUUUUUGUGUAUUCACGCCUCACGCAAAAUAUAUUAAAGAGUUAAUGAGACUAUAAAA